AUGGGUAAACGUGCACCAUCAACACGACCGUCCGAGACGCCGCAGGACAACACAGCCGUCAGAGAGCAAAAGCCAACCGUUUCCCACAAGCGACGAACCUCCUCAACAUCUCAGCCAGCCAAGAGCGACACAACCAUGGACAAGUCUGUCAAGUCCAACUUGGAGAACAAGGAAAGAGCCUAUGUGGCUGCUUCUCGUCGCAUGGACCGAAGUCUCGAGGACCGCCUCAAAUCCGCACACCAAGCAUCCGAGGUUCACUUUCAGCGCACUGGCAAGCGCUUCAAAAUCACCAAAGAAAAUGUCGAGAAAGGACUGUGGUAUGACGAGAUUGAUGACCUGCCAAGACACCGUCUGGCCGAACAUACAAUGGACUACCAAACUCGAGCCCGCUAUCAGGAAGUCGACGAGCAAUUCAACCAAGUCUUUGGGAGUGUAAUGCCCCGGGUCCAGGCAUACCCAGUUCAGUUCACGCCAACAUACUCGCCGUAUCCACCGUCACACAUGUCUUCUAUGCCAAUGCAGCUUCAGAUGCCCGUUUACUCAGGUGUGUCCAAGCCACUCUCGCAGUCUCCGUCCUUUGCUUCACAGCAGAGCUUCGGACUCGGCAACAUGCAGUAUUCGUAUGGGCCGCAUGAGUACCCUCCUCGGCAGCGGCGCACCCGUCGCUCAAUCAGCCCAGCAUCAAACUCGUCAGCAACCAGCCGGGAGCCAGCUGCAUCGGUCUCACCGGUCUCGAUGGGUACGUCGAGCAACCCUACCUCACCCGAGGGUGAAAUCGACAACAGCGCCGCCGAGAUCAUGGCCUCUGCCUCGAGGCACAACUCGUUUGGCCACUUCAGCGCAUCCAACUCACCUAUGCUGUCCCAGGAGUUGUCGUUCCAGAACUUUAUGACUGCCGCGCCCAACAGCAGUCCCGACACCUUGGCCCAGGCAAUCGAUCCUGAGCUUCAUGGUUCUCCUACGGCCUACUUUGCCGACAUGAGUUUUGAAGACAUGGGCUCCGGUUAUACGGAUUUCGUCACCGGAUAUGACUUUCGGGAGCAGUCACACAUCGCCGGUGACGGGCCAAACAAGGAGACAUUUGUCGCUUCUGAUACAUCGCCCGUUGCUUCGGUGGACAACUGGGACGAUCUUCUCAAUCCUUCCGAGUUUGAGGACGUCGGUACUGCUUCCCAAUGA